GCCAGAGACACGCACUCUGCUUCUUCCCCCCCCCUCCUCCCUCUUGUCUCCGUCAUCGUGUCUCUCCUCCCCGCUGAGAGGUGGAGCGCACUGGGAGGAGAGAGGAAAGGAAAGGAGGAAAUUGGCAGGAAGGACCGCGUCGCACCUGCCGCUGCUGCUGCACGGCUUCUUCGUUUCUCCUUCCUCUCACCCCCGCCCUGUUCUUCUCGUCCUCUUCUUCUGUGGUGUCACAGCCUCAGGUGAGCGAUGGGCUGUGGGAAUUCCUCGCCGGCCGCCAGCAGCAGCAGCAGCGGCGGCGGCAACGCUGGAGGACGAGUCGAGUCUUCACCAAAGAUAUCAGAGGAGUCUGUGGCCGAGGAUGAAAAAAGGAAGAACUAUGGAGGUGUGUAUGUGGGUUUCCCUGCAGACCUGAGCAACAUUCCCAAAGCACAAAUAGGAUCCCUCAGAGAGCAGGAGAGAGACGUGUUGUCCCUCAGGAGGCCUCUGUGGGGGGACGGAUUCUAAUUCUAAUGAAGAUCCAGAAGAAUGAUGACGAAAGAGUCUCAGAGGGGACGUGGCAGAGGACACUGAGGACCGACUAUCACGUGGGAUCACAUCUGAAAGCACAUGGGGGGAAUAUUCACCCAAUAAAACUCAUAAAAGACCAAAAGCAAGCAUUUGUGUUUCUCCAAAGCCGGACACACUUCUGUCCUCUUCAUCUCCAAAAAUAACAAGAGCACGUCGACGAGCCGCCGACUGCGCUGAGCAGGACUCCACGGUGACGCUUGCACCGUUGCCACUGGCAACCAGUUAUUGGCCUUUGGUUUUUUUUGGCGACCACUUUUAACACUCAAACAUCUACGAUGAGAUUCAAAGUUUGUACUUUUUCCUUUUUUUUAAUAAUCACAGUAUUUUAUUUAAAGAUUGUUUUCUGUAGAUUGAAUGUAAGUUAUUUAAAGAGUGGGAAGUGAGAACGUGUUGCAACAAGUUGAUUGGUACAAAUACGUUAAUAAAAUAGCACAGAAAUGA